GACAUUCCACCGAAGUCCAUUAUCACCAAACCCCUUCUCUCUCUCUCUCUCUCUCUCUCCUCUCUUCUCGGCGCUUUCCCCUUCGACCACCCCCGAGAUGAUCGGGAACUAAAACCUUAAUCGAUUGGAGAGUUGCCAAUUUUUUGCUGAAGGAGACAAAGCCACGCAUUCGAAGUCUGAAAUCCUUCAUUUGGACUUCUGCACAUCUUUUGCUGUAGUUAGAAGUUCUGCUGCAGAUUUAGAAAACUUCAAGGAAUAGCUAAACAUGGGUGGAUUUUGUUGCUGCCCAUGUCCUGAAGACUUCGAAGAAUAUGCCCAUCCAAACAAUCCCAUUUAUAGGCACUGCAUAUGCUUGAGAUACUUCUUUCACCAACUCUUCAGUGGGUAUAAUGCGACUUUUCAAAGACUGGACGGAAGAACAGCUACUUCCCCAACUCAAACAGUCACCUCAUUAACAUCAACUGCCCUGGGAGCCAAUACAGCCGAUAGUUCUGUAUCCGAAACCUACCACCUUGUUCCCCGGCCCCCUCCUUAUGAUACCGAACCUAGAUAUACCCGUUCACAACGCGAAGGAUUGGUCUUGAGGCGCGAGAAAUCUUUGAGUUACAUUCAAGAGGAAUCACAGGCUCCGAGAAGAAACGGGAGUAACUCUGGUUUGGAACACUUGGGUUCUGCCAAGAAACGGAACAGCACAGAAACCGAGGAAGAGACUAAAGCAGGCCAUUCUGAAUCUGAUACGGGCCUGUCAUCAAAAGCAUACGGUAUUGCAAGUUAUGUGGUAACAAAUUCAGAAGAUGAAGAUGUCUGCCCCACGUGCCUUGAAGAAUAUACUCCCGAAAAUCCGAAGAUCGUGGCAAAAUGCUCCCACCAUUUUCAUCUAAGCUGUAUAUACGAAUGGAUGGAAAGGAGCGACAAUUGUCCGAUCUGUGGAAAGGAGAUGGAGUUCUGCGAGAGCCCAUAAGUAAACAUCUAUAUGAUCUGCACUUACUGUAGAAAAUACCUGCAGCAUGUAUUGCUGGAGAGAGUAUCAUCUGUAAAUAAAAAGUUCUACAACUUCAAGAAGGGGGGAGCCACCAUCUCGAGGAACGAUUGAUGCGGAUAAAAUUCUUAGCUCGUUAGCAGCAAAGAGUGUGUUUGAGAUGUUACUCUUCUUCUUCUUCUUCUUCUUCUUCAAAUUCUGUAUCUUUAGAGGACAUCCUAUGGAGGAGUCUCUAUAAUAAUAAUAUUCGAAAGCAUUAUUCAAAAGCAUUGUUUGUUUUUCUUU